GCUUGUACCUCCUUGAGCUCUUGGACUCGACCAUGUCGGAUGGCUCGAGAGUGCAUCAAUCAUGGUACACGGCGCUGAACGACGCGGAGACCCACUUUCGGCAGCUUCUGGGUUCCCCAGCGUCCGACUGGAAGCGCAUACACACAAAUACGGACAAGUCGGCGUCGGGGAGGAAGGGGAAAGCACGGGCGUCUGCGAUACCCGAAGUCGAGGACGUCGUCGUUCAUCGCAACUCUGCUAGCUCUGGCGAUGACAUCUUCCGACUCGUGCUGGACGUGCCCGCGGCGGAAGAAACCUCGUCCCUCAGGGCAUGGCACGCCGUCCUAUCUACCCCAGAGCUCAGGCAGGAGUGGGAUCCUGCUGUCGACGAUGCACAUAUCGUCGAGCUCCUCGACGAUCGCACGCGUGUCGUGAAGACGAACUUUACGCUGGGUUGGCCUGCGAGUCCGAGAGAUGCUGUCACGAUAGCCCGCACGUUGCAGGAUGCAUCCACCGUCAUCGACUUCUCGACAUCACUCCCUCGAUCGCCAGAUGAGCCCACGUAUCUCAGACCGUCCCCUCCCUUCGUGCGGUCUCAUGUCAGCCUGUUCGCCUGGUGCAUCCAACACGUUGGCGGCAAGGUUCGCAUGACCUGUUUCUGGCAACAUGAUCUGCGUUCGGUAUGGAACUUCACCACCAACACUGGAAUGGCGCAGCAGCUGGCCACUAUGACCGUCGGCCUCCUCAAGACCAUUGUCAAGCGUAACACACGUGUGCCUCAGCUGGUAGGCUUUGGUCUGGGGGUAUCCGUCGAACGUGUGCGCUUUCAGGCGGACCGGGAAGCUCUGACGGUCGAUUACUCUAUCAUACCGGAAGAAGAUAAUCUAUCUCAGCAAGCACACGAUCUGGACGAGUUGCGCUCCCUUCGCGAGAGGCGGCGGCUGACACGGUCGGUGGAAUGGACUCUGCCGCAUGUGGAGGGCUGGGAUGUACAAGUCACGACGAAAGCUUCUUCGGAAGAGGUCGAGAAACUCCCUUGGACAGCGCAUGCUCUCCGACCGUCGACCUCCUCGUCUAUCGUCCUCAGAAUAUCACAUGCUCCGCUCGAAGACGACCACUCAGUCCUCAAAGUCCGCGUCGUACUGGAGAUAUCCGGUCCUUCAAGGGGCCUACGCCUCAACGGGAUCCCCAAACCUGUCGAUGUAAUAGAAGAACGUGAUCCUGCACCCGCAGCCCAGUCGCAACCCAUAUUGCAAGAUGUCGCCAGCGCAGUGACUGAAGCAAGCGCUGCCACCACGUCAUCGAACUCGAGCAACAGGUCAAGCCUAUCCGAUGGCCCUACGCCCGUACAGCCGCAGACGAAGCGCACGGCAGCCGCCGAGAAGUCCAUUCUCUCGCGCGUGCGGCGGAACUACAUCUAUUUCUCGUCCCUGUUGCAGGAACCAGAGGCCAAGUGGAAGAGGAUCACCGAUGCGCGGGGCGUGUCUGUUACGCAGCUUGAUUCGAUCGACCCGACGCUGGUUGUGUACCGCGCGGAGGCGACGUUCGUGGGCGUGGGCAUAUGGGAUCUGUACGGCGCUCUCAUAACGCCGGGGGCUAGGUCGUACUGGGACAAGCAGCAUGAGGAUGCGACGCUGCUUGAGGAUGUGAAUGAGUUGACCGAGCUGUGGCACUGGAAGGUCAAGCCUGCUUGGCCUGUGAACGGACGCGACUCCGUCGUGCUCAAGACGGUCUACAAAUCGCCCAAGACCAUCCAUGUCUUCCUGUUCACCGCCGACGACCCACACCUCUUUCCCAAUAUACCACCUCCGGAGCCGAACAUCAUCCGCACGCAGACGGACCUGCAGGGAUGGGCAAUCGAGGCCCUGUCCCCCACGACGACAUCCCUCACACUCCUCGACCAAUCUGAUCCGAAAGGAUGGUCGAACAAGACGUCCAUCCCGACGCAGAUGGUAAACACAGUCGCUGGUAUUGGGGAGUACGCGAUCAAGUGCGGCGCCCCGCCGGUGGUGUCGCGGCUCUCCGGCGCGCGCGCGACGGACAUCCGCUACGACCACGACAAGCAGAGCUUCCGGCUGGCGUACGAGGUGGCGUCUGCGCGGCGCGCGGCUGGGGGUGGCGUGGAGCUUGAGCUGAGAUGCGAUGUUGAUACUUGGGCGGGGUCGUUGGAUAUUGUGGUUGAUCCUCCGCCUCAGGCCAUUGCUGCCUUGCGGCGGCAUCGAUUCUCGGAGGAAGGAGGUGGCUUGUGGCUCACGUUGACGCACGACGCGGUAUAUGUUGACGACGAGCGACUGCAGGCCAUCGUGCGACGAGGACCGGGGCGAGAGCGCGGGCUUGUGUUGGUCAAUGGGACGAGGAUACACGUCGAUGUGGAGGAACUGCCUGAUACUGAGCUCAAGACACUGGCGAAGAAGAAGCGGGUAAAGCCUACGCGGAUACCACUAGACCAGCCGCCGGUCGUGGGUGCCAUCCGACGGCGACGAGCGGAGUGGGAAGGGGACUCGGAAGCCCCUUCUGCGGCGGAGACGGCUGCAACGACGCCUGUUGAGCAGCCUGCUGCCGCGGUCGUUCCUACGGUCACGACAAACGCCUUCUCGCGAUUCUUCUCGUAUGCAGUAGAGCAAGCGACGGCUACGACGCAGCAGACCGUGGCCGCCAUGUCGCCUACGUCGGCGGCAGGCGAGCAUGCUACUCCAUCGACGUCGAUUCUGCCGAUGGAGUAUGCGCUGCAGGCGCUUGCGUGGACGCAGGAAUCGCAUGCGAUGUUCACGUCCGACGGGUGGGCACUGCUCAACGACAAGGAUAUGCUCGUGCAUCGCAAGAUGUCGACUGCCAUCUCACCCGUAGUUCCCGUCCAUAAGGGGGAGAAGGUUAUUCAGGGCGUCUCAGCGGAAGAGAUCGCUGCCGUUGUCACCGACUUCGACUGCCGCAAGCAGUGGGACUCGCGCUUCGUCUCGGCGACGAAGCUGCAGUCGUUUGGGAAUGGGUGCGGCACGGCGUUCUGCGUGUCGAGGAGCAACUUCCCCUUCCGCGAUCGCGGGUUUUUCAUCGCGUCUGCGAUGGGGCGCGCGGUUAUCCCGCCCGUGCUCACGCGGCGCACGACGUCGGGCGAGGUAUCUGACCAGAGCAGCGGACCGCGGAAUGCCAUCUUCUGCCUGUCGGCGAGUUUCCAUCCGUCGCAUGUGGCAGCGUUCGACGCCGCGAAGUACAACCCGUACAACCUGCCCAUCGGCCGUAUCUUCGUCGAUGCGUGGAUCCUCGAGACUCUCGACCCGUAUACGAAGGAAAACUAUGCGAUCCCAUCUACGCGGUGUGCGCGGCUUGUGGCGGUUGACUUCGCGGGCUCGAUGCCGUUCGCGGUGAAUGCGCAGAUCAAUGCGGAGUUGCCGAGGUCGAUCCUGGCGCUGGAGGGAUUGAUGAAGAACCUGAUACCCUCGCCGCUGACGCGCCUGCCUGCCGCGGGCCUGGUCAUCUCGGACAAGAAGACGGAGGAGCCGUUCCUCGACACGAUGUGGAAGCUAAGGCGAAGAGAUGAGAAUAGGCUGCUCUUGGACUCGACCUUCUCGCCCGAGGAACGCGUGUAUAGCUCUGUGUUCCUCGUCAAGCAGACAAAGAAGUCGCGCAGUGCGGAUCAAACACCCAAGUCAAUCCGCUCUCCGCCGGGGACGCGGCGUCAGUCUACGACAGCGGCUGAUAACAGGGAUCGUACGCAGUCUGCGACGGAGCCUCUGCAGGGCUCUCCUACCAUCGACGGGCUGCCGUCGAUGCAGUCGUCGAUAGCGACCCUCACGCCCGCAAAUGCUACCGCCGCCGUUGCAUCAGCAGCUCCGUCGCAAGAUAUCACGACGCGGGCACGGUCAGCUUCCUCUGCAUUCACUGUCAAGGGCGAAGUCAAGCCCUCUACCGACCUCCUGGUUGCCGAGUUCGUCAUCGAGUCCAAGCUCUACUCCAGCGGGUAUGCUCUGGACGUGCGCUCAAGUAGACGGGCGGAAUCUUUGGCUAUCGUUCCGGGCGAAUCUGUUGCGUUGGACAAGUUCAAGGACACCAGCAGCCUACCGACAACCGAUCUGCCAUUCCACUAUUCCGUCAAUACCAUGCCUUCGUCUCCCUUACACUCGUCGGGCCUCAAGACGGACGCCCCAUCGCGGCAUCUUGUGCGGAUAACGCUACCAACUGCGCAAUAUCAGGUGUCGACCAUUGAGGAUCCGUUGACCGGCGAGACUCGAAGUGCGCCACCGACGCCGUUGUGGCUUCUUGACUUGGAGGAUGGAGGCUACGUCGUCAACGUUGUGGUUCGGCCGACUGGUGGCGGGGAGACGAAGGCAACACAUACCGUCUCCAUCAAUGGGAAGGAGGUACAGAUUGUCGGCGAAAAGGAGUCCUUGACUGCUCUGGGGCGAGACGAGUUACUCGACGACCGGGUUCUGAAGAUGCCAGUGCUGACGAGACAUAGCAACGAGGCCCAUUCCUUCCCGGAUGAGCUUACCGUCCCUUCGGCCAUAGCGGAUGAUCUCUUGGACCCCAACGUGCCCAUUCCGAGUACACCUGUCGAAGCAGAACCCUCAGACGAGGCUACGGAGACUAUGUCUACCAUUGGAGAAGAGGAACGAGCAUCUACGCCGCAACCCGAACUUGCCAAUCCUUCUCCCGAGCCUGCGAAUGGCAACGGAUUACUGGGCCUCCUGCAGUCCUAUCAGAAGUCCAUGUCGCGCUUCAAUCUGAACUUCACCUCGACUGGAUCCUCACCCAAAGAAACUCCAUCCACGCCAAAGACCCUGAGCCGGACGCCUCACAGCAGCUCCUCUUCGCUCGCCACCAUUGCGCGCCACAAGCCGUCUAUCGACAAGCGCGGCUCUGGGCAGCGCAUCGCGCAGGUCCAGCCGGCUCCUCGCAUGCACCCCACCUCCACUCUUAUCAUCGUCGCAUUGAUGGCCUUCCUUCUCGGUUCUCUCCUUCGUUCUUUACUGUCUCCGGCGGACUUCAUCUACGUUGCGACGGACAUGAACGACACGCCGAGUAAUGUACAGGAGUACAGCGGAUGGAGGGAGAUCAAGCGGCUACUGGAGAUCAAGUAUCUCGUCGGUGGAUACGACUUUCAGGUCGCGCUCGUCCGGCGCCAUGCAACUUGACUGUUCUCAUGCGACUUGCCCCUCCCUGAGCGGCCUUACCCCCGCCUUGCGACCUGACCGUCCCAUAUACUCAUCUCAUCUACCAAAUCUUGAGUUGAUAUACCUUCAUGGAUUCCCCACAGCUUUCGCGCAUCACUGUAUCAUACCAUUGUACUUGUCCCAUCGUACAUCAUCUACACCGAUAUAAUACUAAUAGCACGCAUGUAGUUGCUUACUGUUGUCGAUAGCUUGCUGUGUACCACUGACUCUCUUCAUAAUCUUUGCAUGACUCGUA